AUGGGGAUGAGUCUUUACCGUCACACCUCUCCACCACACCCCUUAGCCUUGCUUUACCUCCUUCUCAUGGCCCUCUAUCAGGUCUUAUGUGAAACAGACAGGGAGUGUCCAUACAAGUACUACUGCCACAGCGGCGAGGGCCACAAAUCAUGUCUUAAGUGCAGAAAAUCGCAUCGUCGUUGCCAUAGCAACAAGAUGUGUUGUCAAGGAAACACGUGUGUAGAAGGUCGCUGCAUCCCCCACCAGUUCCGUUUCGACGAGGCGUACAACACCGCCGUGCAGAAUUUCGAAUCGGAGGUGGAAGAAGAGGAGAGCUUUAUCCAAGACACCAAGUACAAACUGAGAAAAGCUCGCGAGGGUGAGCAGUGUUCUUCGUCGUUACAGUGCGAGGAUGGUUUGUGCUGUGCUCAGCAUCUCUGGUCCAAGAUCUGCAAGCCCAUGUUGGAAGAGGGUGAUAUCUGCACCAAAAAGAGGGACCGUCUCACCGACGUAUUCCAACGGUGUGAAUGUUCAGAAGGUCUUUCCUGCAAGAGAGAUUCCGUUGCUCAACGACGUCUCCACGUCUGUCAAGCCGUCAAACACCGAUCGAGUGGCACAAGCACAGAACGGGAUGGCGCAGAGGGCGCUUUGCGGGAGGAAACCUCAGCACAGCGAGAAAGAUUAAUAUCACUUCCUGUCGAAAAGAUCAGGCCGCUUCCAAGCAAGAACGACGGCGAUCUUCUGGGCUACCUUUCGGCGGAAUCGGGCGAGAAGCUCUUCGACCUCGCUAGUAGAGGCGAGCGGUGGAUAAUGCCUUUGGGGCGACCGCCAGCGAAAUUGAAAGGCACGGCGUACAGGGACACAACCGAAAUUACGCGUACGGAACAAACCGAUAUUGAGGCAAGUCAGUUAACUGUAUUAUGAUCGCCAUGAUCCUUAUGAUGACUUGACGAGGUAGCAAGAUGGUGAGAUACAAAUGGUAUGAUGAGCAUCUUGCGCAAAAUGAUGAGAGGAUAAUCAGAAUAUGAUGAGGAAGACAAUCAUAGUACGGGCGCCAGACCUUUGACGAAGAGUCGGGACAGUCAGACAUGCUAAUUGGAAAAGUAAACCUUACUCCUUGAUGAAGCCGUUGCACUGCCGAACUCUCCCUGUCUGUCGCCGCUCCUUAAAAUCUCCUCAAGCGGUGGUGUCGCCACUCAAAAAUCUCGCUGGAUCGUUCCACUUCAUGAAAAAUAUAGAUAAACUAUGAUUGGUGCGGGGUGGAUUAAACGAGCGAGUUAUAAGAGAAUCGUUUGUCGGUCAUGAUGUGCCCAAUCAUGGUAUCUGUUUAACUAAAUUGAUAAUACAGGGGACGUGUUGCGAUGUAUCUAAAUUGGAGGUCCAACAUGACCUUACAAAACGAAAGAAAAAUCUGGUAUCACGUUUAAUUUGAAAACCCGAAGUGUGAAGAGUUAAAUUGUCAUUUCUAAAUGGCCAAACACUGACCUCACUCCCAAUAGGGUUAUAGGUGGAUAAACACUUUUAACAUGCUAGAUGCAAUAGUCUGAAUCUAUUCUGUUAAAAGUAUUUGUCUUCCAUUUUGUAACGAAAACUGGUCACUUCUCAUACCUUGGUGAAAGAACACGUCAUUUUCUAUGGUUACAUAUUCUAUAUGGAAAAGUUCAGCGUUUUUUUUUCUUACAACUAAAUAUCAUAGGUAUCAUUUUUCACAGGUCACAAGAUAUGUCAAGGCAUUCAACACGUGAAAAUGCGAGUAUGAAAAUGCAUUUUCGUAUUGAGAUUGUUUGAUAGAUUAUUGUGAAAUACAUAACUAUCAUUGGCUAAAGGGAAGUCAGUCUCUGCGUCAAGUUUACAUGCUUUAGUAAAAACAGAAAAUGAGAGAUUAAGAUGUCGAUCAAAGUUUAACGGAAAUCAAUGGAUAAUAAGGUUGUGAUGAUACUUUCGGGCUGCUCCCCCUUAAUAUCACGUACUUUAAUUGCAUAGAUUGCAUUCUUAAUGAUUUGUUGUUGAUCAGUCGAUUCAUUUUCAGGGAAACGUGAAUGAGCAAAUUGUCAGAAACUGUAUUUUGAUGCCCAGCAUAGUUUGUGGUUUUCUGAAAAUAAAUGGGUUGGCCACACAGUAACAGUGAAUCGUCGUAUGGAAAAGCAGCUCCAAAGUAUCGUUAUGAAAUUUGAAACUAUCAAAAAUUCUUAACGUUUAUUUAUCCUUAGUUUUCUAUUUCUUCGAACUUUCAUUGAUUUUUUCUCUCCUGUUUUUCAACGUCUUUGUAAACAUGCUUAACGCAAGAUGGGCGUCCCUUUUUACAUGUACAAUUGAGACAUUUUGCAUUUAAUCAAUGUAGAAUGUGAUGAGAGAUCUUGUGCAUCAAGGAAAAGGAAGUAUUACAUACCCUUUAAUAUUCAAGUUUACAAAAGUUGAUUCAAAUGCGUAUUCAGAUAUUAAUAUUUGUUAUUGGCGUUUUAGUCAUUGCACAGGUUAAACUAAUUAUGUGACGUGGAUGACCAGUGUGUGACGUAACAACAUCAAUCAUGUGAUCAAUCUUUAUUGAUUUUUUUAUCCCAUCUCACGUGACGUGUCAGGUGAUGUAACUGUCACGUGAUUACUUGAACAUCCGAUCCGACAGUAAUUAUAAGUUUGAUUUCGUAUUGUUGUGGAGCAAUAUAGAGUUAACCUAUUAUAUGAGAAUAUGUAUUAUUUUUUCUUUUUGUAAAUAACACGGGUAAAAUAUUUCUAUAUCGAUGUUAACAUCAUAUUGGAACGAAUCUGCUUAUGGUUUUUCGAAAAAAAAAACUAUUUAUGAUUCCAAUAGGCGCUUUAGCAUCAUAUUUUUAUGUUUUUCUAUUUAUGUAACUUCUAACAAGUUGAUUUAAUUAAUAUAUAGACAUGAGGCUGUUCUACAUGCUUAAAGCAUGUAAUUAUCUUAAAUAUCAUAUCAUUCGUAACAUUUGUUAGAACGCUAACUCUUGUUAUGAUUUUAUUUAACGCUUUAGUUAUUUAUAUUUUCUAGACGCUAUCAGUCUCGAUAGAGACCGAGUUAGUCGUUCUGUGUAAAGAUCCUAGAAUAAUUAUUGAAAGUGACACCGUUGCGUCGAACCCUUUCGAAUUUUCAUUGCUAUUGUUAGAAUUGUUUAGUUUUUGUUAGAUGUGUUUGUUUUUCUCAACGUGGUUUAUCAGAAGAUAUAAAUCUAUCAUUUGUUCCCAAUCAUCCUAAUCAGAGAAUCACGCUUUCCUUGUUUGCAUCUACUGUCGAGGUUAAUUUCCCGUUCAACAGUCUGAUAUUUUCAAGUUAUUGUUAGAUUAUUUCAAAUAGUAUGUUCUGUAUAUUCCAAGUUUUGCAUUGAAAAAAAAAUGAAUACGGUGAUCUUUGAGCUUGUCUUACGUUCAUGAAACAAUGUAAAAUCACGAAAGGAUAACGAUACAAAUCGAAUGUGACGGUGAGACAUCGCUUAGAACGGGUUAAGUGACUGAGCAAUUGUGGUUAGGAACACUUUAUUUACCAUGAUUGCAAUGAAUAGCUGUUAUAUUAAUAGUUAUUGGGUCCGAAAUGCAAGCAAAAAGAGGUGAAAAGUGAUGAUUUAAUGGCAUCGGAAAUAUCUAUUUCUUGUCAUUAUCACCUUGGCAGUGGCCUUUCCCUUUUCUUUGUUUCAGAAAAGUUGGCUUCAGGACUCGGCUAAAGAUUUUAAUAGCUUCCCCUAGCCACACCCUUCACCGUGAAAAUUGUUCGUGUUAGUCUCCGAUCCAUGCCUUGAAAUUGCACAUCGCCACUAUAUACUACCUAACCCAUAAUUCAAUAUUUCGUAGCGUAACGUUUAUAAAAUAAAUAAUGAUGAUAAUUGGGAUUGAUCG